AUCGGAUGCCGAAACAGGCGGGGGAUCGCGACGGGCCGUGUUGUCACGUGACAGCGGAACUCGGAAGAUUCGCCUUUGCUUUGAGCUCGACGAGACACGUUUGAAGCGGAAUUCAAAGCGCGAUCGGGCCCAAAAAAUGUGCAAAGUCGAAAUGAUCCGAGCGCUGCUGCAUGCGCGGCUGAGCGCGGCCGUCGAGGAAAUCUGCGUGCUGUUGCGGACAACGAUUGCGCAGUACGAGGAGGAACUUUGUCGCGCAAAAGAGGAGAACGACAGACAACGUCGGCAACUGGACGCCGUUUGCGGGGUUCGGGAUCGACCGCGAACAGCAGACGUCAGCGAAGAGGAUCUUCGCCAUGAGCAUCAGGAGCUCGAGUCCCCUCAUGUUGAAGAGGAAAAGGAGGAUAUUGCCACGUUUCCAUUGACUGUCAUUGUGAAGAGCGAAGAAGGUGACGGAGACCACUGCAGAGGAUCACAAGCACAUGGCCGCUCAGCUCCACUCUUAGAUGACAUCAGUCAAGAAUAUCUUCGUCCUGAGCAACAGAAGCCAGACGCCCCACACGUUAAGGAGGAAGCGCAGGAUGCUGAUAUCGCCAACUUUCCUUCGACUGUCAGUGUGAAGAGUGAAGACAAUGACGAAAAAAAAGCUGAUGGAGGAUCCCACACUGAUAGCGUCUUAGCUCCACUAUCAGAGAGUGAUGACAUGUCACAUGCUCCUGACACUAAUGAUGAUGAUGAUGAUGGCCACCAGCACACUGAAGGUGAUAUGAUGUGUCACGCUAACAACAAACGCGUGAAAUGUUCUCAGUGUGACAAAACCUUUUACAACAAGUCAACAUGGAAAAGACACACAAGAACACACACGGGAGAAAAACCUUUUGCCUGCUCAGUUUGUGAGCAAAGGUUCGCUCGAAAGACACAUUUAACAACACACACAAAAACACACACUGGGGAAACCCCUUUUGCCUGCUCCGUUUGCGGUAAACGAUUCACUAAGAAUGGAGAUUUAGAAAUGCACACAAGAACACACACUGGAGAAAAACCUUUUGCCUGCUUAGUUUGUGGUAAAAGAUUCUCUACAAAGGGCUAUUUAGGAAUACACAAAAGAACACACACGGGAGAAGAACCUUAUGCCUGCUUAGUCUGUGGUAAAAUAUUCUCUACAAAGGGAGCUCUGAAAAUACACACAAGGACACACACUGGAGAAAAACCUUUUGCCUGCUCAGUUUGUGGUAAAAGAUUCAUUGAGAAGGGACAUUUACUAAGCCACACAAGAACACACACUGGUGAAAAGCCUUUUGCCUGCUCAGUUUGUGGUAAAAGAUUCUCUAGAAAUGGACAUUUAACAGAACACACAAGAACACACACUGGGGAGAAACCUUUUGCCUGCUUAGUAUGCGGUCUUAGAUUCACUCAAAAGAUCAAUUUAACUAACCACACGAGAACACAUAGUGGAGAGAAACCUAAGAAACCCUUUGCCUGCUCAGUUUGUGAUAUAAGAUUCUCUCGAAAGACACAGUUAACAAGACACGCAAGAACACAUGCUAUGUAGGAAUUUACAGUCUCCUCCAAAAGUAUUGCAAGGGCAAGGUCAAUUCCUUUGUUUUUGUUGCAAAUGCAGUUUUCCCAAAGCCAAAAAAUAAGCACGAUCUCAUGUUCAAGCAAUCAGUCACCCAUCGGUCACAUGGCCCAAUACUUUUGCUCACUUGAACUUUAUCAACGUUUGUCUCAUAUUCCUCUUUUGAUCUGAAACCCAUAUGUCGUCAGUAUACAACAAAAACAACGGAAUUGACCUUGCCCUUCCAAUACUUUUGGAGGGGACUGUCUAUAUAGUGGACUAUAUGGUCAAAAGUCCACCAGAAAUCCCUAUGCAUUAGAUGAAGUCGGGAAUUGGUGAACGACUGAGAACAAAGAGCGUUCGUUGAGGGAUAAUUUGGAGUUAGUCGAUCAUUGUUGUAAAACUGUCUACAGGUUGGUGACGAGAUAUUGGACUGCGAUGUCCAGCCUAGAAAUAGAAGCUAUUCAUUCAAUCAUCUUCCGUACUGCUUAUCCUCACACGGGUCACGCGCAUGCCGGAGCCUAUCCUAGCUAACUCUGGGCGAGAGGCGGGAUUCACCCUGAACCGGUCGCCAGCCAAUCGCAGGGUACAUAGAAACAAACAACCAGUCGCGCUCACAUUCACACCGACGGGCAAUUUAGAGUCUUCAAUCAACCUGGCACGCAUGUUUUUGGGAUGUGGGAGGAAACUGGAGUGCCCGGAGAAAACCCACCCAGGUACGGGGAGAACGUGCAAACUCCACACAGGCGGGGUCCGGGAUUUGAACCCCAGUCCCCAGACUGUGAGGCAGAUGUGCUAACCAGUCGUCCGCCGUACUGCCCAUAGAAGUUGUUAUUAUUAAUAUUAUAAAAGAUACUUUAUUGUCGUUAUACAAGACUGUCCAACGACAUUAAUCUUUUGGUGAUGAGCACCAAACAUACAUUGUGGAAUUAUGGCCAAAAGGUUAAGCUUGGUUUCCUCUGACCAUAACAGAUCCAAUCAAAUUGGUCUGUUUAAGAUGAUCUAAAAAUCUAAGAGUAUAAGAUCUAAAAAUAAGAGUAUUUCAAACCAGGAUGUGAUCCUGAUCCUAGUAAGAUUGGGAUAGGGAUUUGCGAAUCCAAUCCUACCGAGAAUCCCGAACAUUAGUUGUUUAUUUUGAAAAGACUUGUUUUUUUUUUUUUCCAAUGAGUUGUACAGACUAUAGUGUGUGCUCAUUGGGGCAGAAAAAUCUUGGUCUCAUUUUCUUUGCCACAAAAAACCCCCAAUCAAAAACCUGACAUUUGAACAGGUGUGUGUAGACUUUUAUAUCCACUGGAGCACAGGUGUCAAACUCAAGGCCCGGGGGCCAGAUCCGGCCCGCCACAUGAUUUUAUGUGGCCCGCAAAGACAAAAUCGUGUGUGUCAACUUCCAUGAUUCUUGUUCAAAUCUGUACCAAAAUUUCAAAUUGUCAUAUAUCAUUAAUGAUAACGUUGAGAUAUUGUAAGCAUUUUUGUGUUACCAAACAUUAAUAAUAGUUGAAAAACCCAUUACCCUUGAUUUCUGAUUCCAAAACUGGGUCGUACAUUUUGUGUGUGAAUAUGAUGAGGCGAUUAAAGAUUUUGAUGGUUUCACAGUCAUAACGGCCCUCUGAGGGAAACCGUAACGACAGUGUGGCCCACGACAAAAAUGAGUUUGACACCCCUUCACCUCCUUUGUAAUAGUUUGAUUAUGGACUGUGUUGUGAUUGUGUUAACAGAAAUAAAUACACAAGUUAAAUGUAUAUUACUGUUUCUU